CUCCCGGCGCGACUCCAGACUCUUCCACAGUUCCACGUCUCCCUUCCGUCCAGGCUUCGCUCACCGAAAUGGCGAAACCCUCCCAAUCCCGCCUCCUCCUCGUCUUCCCCGUCGCCGCCGUCCUCGCCGCGGCCUUCCUCCUCCCGCUCGCCCGCUCCGACGCCUCCGGGCCCAACCCCACCGCCUACGACGAGCUCCGCCUCCGCGGCUUCCCGCGCGGCCUGCUCCCGGCCAACGUUCGCGGGUACACGCUCGACGCCGGCUCGGGGGACUUCGCCGUCGACCUCGACUCCAGCUGCCGCAUCGUGCUGCCGGCGGGGAGCUACCUCGCCAACUUCAACGACCACCUCACCGGCCACCUCGACGACCGUCGCAUCUCCGGCCUCAGCGGCAUCCGCGUCAGGGCUUUCUUCCGCUGGUGGUCCAUCACCGGGAUCCGCGCCGAUGGAGACGAGCUCGUCUUCGAGGUGGGCUCCGUCUCCGCCAAGUUCCCCGCCCGCCACUUCAACGCCAGCCUCGAAUGCCCCGCCAAGGCCGACUCUUAGUACUAUAACAAGGAACUGUUGCGUGCCUCAUGACACUGGCAUACCAUCAAGUCGCCUUGACGUCGAGCACUAUGAUUGUUUUUAAUCUCUCACUGCCUUUGUAAUUACUACUUGUGUAUAAGGCUGGAUCCCUAAGCCACCACUCCACUUUCGACACCAAGAAAGCGGGAUAAUGUAAAGGUUCUUCUUUGCUCUUUUGUUGGAUGGCUUGUCGUAAUAAUCCUGGGAACUGGUAAUGGUUUUUAUUUCAGUUUGUAAUCUACAACUUCUGGUGUGGCGAGUAUACUAUACCUAACUAGAGAGAGAAUCGAGAGAUGUAAAUGAAUCAUGUGUAUGUCUUAACCCACUUAUAUUGUUCAACACGGGUGGGAGUCGAACUCAAAA